CGCAUCGCCCUCGGUGCUCUUAUUGGGCAGAACAUCAUUUGUAAGGGUUUUGUCUCCUGUCAAUCGAACAUUCAGCUACAACGCUUGCUCCUUCUCUUUUUUUUUUUUUUUUUUUUUUUGGACGACCUCCACUAGAGUGUUCUGUUCUUUCAUCCUUUUGCGCUUCAUCUGAAAUCAAUAAUAUUAACAAGAAACAGAAUCAUGUCCGACCCCGCUGAGAGAAGAAAAAAACUCGAAGCUUUAGCUGCUAAACGCGCAUCUGAAUCAAGCGACAAGCCAACCCCUCAGGUUAAAAAACCUGAGGCCAAGAAACCUGAUGCCAAGCACUCAUCAUCCUCCAAGCCGGUGUUCAAGUCAAGGUUUCCAGGCAAAGGCCGGUCCUUGAGAGAUGAGAAUGAUGAUGAUGAUGACGAUAAUACCGAUAAUAGUGAAAAUGAUGAUGUUGAGAGUGACAUCUCAGAAGAAGAGUUUUCGGACGUGGAUUCUGAUGAUUCAGACAGACCGAAAAAGUCAUCAUCAUCCAACAAGAGAAGUGCUCCCUCCAAGAAGUCAUCAUCGCGUCGUUCUUCAACACCUCCAAAGAAAAAAUCCAGGACAUCAUCCUCAAAGUCCAAAUCAUCCAAGAAGAAAAGAAUGGGAUCAGAUAGUGAUGACGACGAUAGUGACAAUCUUUCGAGGAUAACGCGAUUGAUACGAGCAAUAUCAUUACCACAGGUAGACGGACACGAGGUGCCAGAGUCGAUUAUACUAAGUUUGGUCCUGAUGGCUCUGAUGAUGAAUAAUGACUCUACUAUAUAUUAUUUAGCGACCCUAUCUUAUCCAUCUUAUGAUGACAGGCAUGUCAGCAACCUUAUUUUUACUUAAAUUAAAUAAAAAGGAGAAUAAAACGAAUAGUUUUUCUGAUUACACAA